AUGCCAAGCACCAACACUGGUGCCCCCGCCUUCAGUGAGGCCACCGGUCAAGUAGCCCUCGAGAUGGGUCGUCAAACACUUUUGGCCGCCUCUAACGCAGCCCAACAGGGCCUCGUACAGGUGCAUCACUACAUUCAACAAGGCCCGAAUGGUCUUCGAGUUCUAUGCUUCGUUGGAGGUCUCGGUGUUACGCUCACUGGAGCCCUCGGAGUGUUGAACAUUUUCUCGACUAUUAUACAUCCAAUCGAUUACCUUUGCAAUGCGUCAGUCAAGGCCACUCAGGAGGUGGUUGAGAUAUCAUGCAUUAUCAGAUAUCAAUUUCUCUUCGGAGGAAAAAAUGUGGAGUUAACUUUGUGCCAAUUUCGUGACGUAGUUGUCACUAGAUACGAAUACGCCAAGUUCCUCACUUUGUUAUGGGGAAGAGGACUCUUCUACCUCUUUCAAGGCUCACUGGCGUUAGUUCAGUUCAGACUGCUGUACGCUAUCGUUGGUGUGUACAUGUUCGUUAUGGGAAUAUUAUGCAUAGCUAUGUGGAAAGGGUAA